UACAGGAGGUGACCGGAGACUGCAGACAUACUACAGGAGAUGACCAGAGACUGCGGACAUAGUACAGGAGAUGACCAGAGACUGCGGACACAGUACAGGAGAUGACCAAGAGACUGUGGACAGUGCAGGGGAUGACCAAGAGACUGUGGACAGUACAGGGGAUGACCAGAGACUGCGGACAAUACAGGGGAUGACCAAGAGACUGCAGACAGUACAGGGGAUGACCAAGAGACUGCGGACAGUGCAGGGGAUGACCAGAGACUGCGGACAUGGGGAUGACCAGAGACUGCGGACAGUGCAG